UUUUAACAUGGACAAGCAGGAAUCGUGAGGUACCAUGACACUGUACAAAGAGAGAGAAAUGCCAGUGAGAAUGUAGCCUGUAACUCAUGAGUAACUUGAACAAUAAACUGCAUUAGCAGAUAUACAAACUAACAGAGCAAAUUUAAAAGGUUUUUUAAAAUGGCAGAUCCAAUGGUUGAUCAAAUGACAAGACUGAGGCUGAAACUUCUGGAAAAGAGACUGGAAAAUGAGAGAAAUGACAACAUUGAACGAGAGGGUUCGGUAUUUUCCACAAGAAGUUAUGAUGGGCAGGCAGAUGCAUUACACAGUGCUCUGAGACGGAAGAGAAACCUGCUACAGAGACUAAGGGAUCAGCAUGUGAUGGAGGAUCUAGGAAGGCCACACACAUGGGGUGGAUCUCACAGGCCAUAUCAGUAUGAACCUCUGCAUUGGCCACCCCAGCCAGUGCCUCCUAUCCAUAUCCACCAGAGUCCACAACCUGCACCCGCACCAGUCUUUCCACUCCCUCCUCCUGCCCCACAGCCCCCUAGAAUCAUUCAACACACCAUUCCCCAGCAGCCAACCACCAUAAUCCAGCAGUUACCACAGCAACAACCUCUCAUAGCACAAAUUCCACCCACACAAACCUCCCACUACAGAUCAGGAAGUAUUAAAGAAGACAUGGUGGAGUUGAUGCUAAUGCAGAAUGCUCAGAUGCACCAGAUCAUAAUGCACAAUAUGAUGCUGAAGGCUCUUCCGCCAAUGGCUGUUUCCCCAGGAGGAGGUGCAGCUCAAGCCACACAUUCAGGGCAGGAACUUUAUUCAAAAGGGAGAGGGGCCAUCCAUCAUCACCAUCACUAUGGCUCAAAUGGACCACCUCUCCCUCCAAUUGGAUACUCUGUUUGGCCCUCUUUGAUGCCAGCAGGACAAGGUGGGACUUAUCAGCCAUCGGUGCAGCAUGUGAUUGGUUCAGGAACUCUGCCUCCCUUAAACACAAUGAUGGAUUGAUGGAGUGAACACCAGAGCUCCAAUUGGAUUCUAAGCCAAAUUACCAAAAGCAGACAGAUCCAUUCUUUACCUGCAAAGACAGCUUACAUGUUGAUAUUGUAUUUUAACUGUAAUUUAAGAGUUUUCACACUUACAGUUUGCAAUAUCUGGCACAAUACUUCAUGCUUUCAAUAGAGUUGAACUGUUCAUUUUAUAUA